UUUUACUUAUUUUUUUGUGUAGAAAUAUGACUAAACAUUUAUUUUGGAUGAUUAUUGGACUAGUUUUACUAGAUGUACGGCUAUGUAUUCCUCCUCACAUUGUUAUGAUUGUUGCUGAUGAUUUGGGAUUUAAUGAUGUGAGUUUUCAUGGUUCUAAACAAAUCCCUACACCAAACAUUGAUUAUCUUGCAAAUAAUGGGAUUAUUCUUAACAACUACUACGUUUUACCAAAUUGUUCUCCCACAAGAAGUGCAAUUAUGACUGGAAGAUAUCCCAUACACACAGGUAUGCAGUCAGGGACAAUAUCCGCUGCUAACCCGUGGGGACUUGGUUUGGAAGAAAAAUUGUUGCCUCAAUAUUUGAAAGAAAUAGGCUAUAAAACACACGCAAUUGGAAAGUGGCAUCUUGGUUUCUUUGCACGUGAUUACACACCAUCGCAGAGAGGUUUUGAUUCGUUUUAUGGGCACUACGGUGGGCAUGGAGAUUAUUGGGACCAUUCAUUAGCAUCAAAUGGAUAUUGGGGAUUGGAUUUACAUAAGGAUACACCAACGACAAGCGAACAUAUUUGGACACAAUGGGGCAACCACAGCACCAAGCUCUUCUCUAUGGAAGCAAUUGACAGAAUACGAUAUCACAGUAUAGACGAACCAAUGUUUCUAUAUGUGGCUUAUCAAGCUGUUCACAGUGCAAACCUUGUGGAAGAUCCUUUGCAAGCACCUCAAAGUUGGAUUCAAAAAUUCAAGCAUAUAAAAAACAUUGGCAGGAGAAAAUAUGCAGCUAUGGUGGCGUAUAUGGAUCACGGUAUUGGACAAAUUUACAAAGCCCUCAAGAAACGUGGCAUGUUGGAUAACUCAAUUAUAAUAUUUACUUCUGAUAAUGGUGGACCAGCGAAUGGAUUGAAUAAGAAUUGGGCAACAAAUUAUCCUCUGCGUGGUGCUAAAACUACUGUUUACGAAGGUGGAGUCAGAGCUGCUGCGUGUGUAUACAGCAAGUUCUUAAAACGCCAUGGGAUAGUAUCACAUGAUUUAAUGCAUGCCACUGAUUGGUUGCCAACUCUACUCUCGCUUGCUGGGUAUAACACACAACAACUACAAAAUUUGGAUGGUGUGGACCAGUGGAACACUUUACAGCGGGGAUAUCCUUCGCCACGCACAGAAGUACUUGUAAAUAUCGAUCCCUAUGUGUAUAAGAAUGCGGCUUUAAUAGUAGGAGACUGGAAAUUAGUUAAUCAAAGUCGUUUUUAUGACAGUUGGUACCAGCCUCCUGGAAAAAGCCGCAAUAACAUAAAUUCUUUUGUUGCUGGCAACAAAUUAAAUGAUGCAAGAAUACACUGUGGUUUAAAGCCAAAAUCUCCAUCUUAUUGUGGUGGAAAGCGUCAUCAGCCUUGCUUAUUCAAUCUUAAAAGUGAUCCCUGUGAAUACGCUGAUGUUUCCAAGAGGUAUCCAAUUAUUUACAAAAUUAUGCUUACACGGUUGCAGGAACAUGUGCAGAAAAUGGUACAAUCCAGAAGAAAUACAAAACGAGAUCCUAAAUCUAAUCCAAAAUUAAAUAAUGGAGUCUGGAAACCAUGGAAGAAAUUGAAAGAGGAAGAAACUUCAUUAUUUUCAUUAUUUAACAAAUUCCCAUACUCUUUAAAGUGCGAAUUGAAAAAAACAUGAGGUGUCAAUUGAGAAUUUUUUACCUUUCUUUGACAAUGCUGAAGGUUUUCUCUGCUUUUUAUAUCUGUAUUUAUUAAAAACAUAAUAUAUUCAUAUAAAAAUAUUAAUUGAUAUAAAUUUAUAUCUGUAUUUUUAUUAUUCUUUUUCAGUGUAUUUAUUCAAAGAAAGUAAUUUAUACAUAAAUAUAAAUUUGAUUAUGAACUUUCUACCUUUAUUUUUUUAAUGUAUAAUUUGAUAUAUUUAUUUCUAUUUUGAUGACUUAUAAAAUAAUUUUAAAUGCUGGUUAUUUUUAAUUUUUUAUAUGUACUAUUUUAUAUAUUCCAACAUCAGUUAUUUUUAUGCUCAGUAUGAAAUUACUGUUACCUGUCUUAAAAAUUUUUUACUAUCCAAAAAUAAUAUGUAUGCUAUUGUGGUGGCAUUUGCAGUUUUUUCUGUUAGUAAUACAUUUUACAUUUAGUUAAUACAUAAAUAGAAUGAACUUUCUACUUUUUAUAGUUUUUCUUUCAAUAUAUAUAUUUUUCUAUAUUUUCUUUUCUUUUUAUAUUUAUCAUUUAUAUUAUAUACUAGUAAAAAAACCCAUGUAUUCGCCCACUUCAUGUAUUCUAGUAAUCAGGUUUUUGCCUUUCGUACGCAAGCAUUGCUAUUUUUGUUGUAGUGAUUCUACUGCCAAUUUUAACAAAAAACAGAAUUAUU